UCAUGUGACUGUUUUGAUUUAUCUUAACUUGCUCCUUCCCUGCAUGGCUUUCUUACUGUGUCUUUAAGUGGUGUGGUUUUGCUGUGUGAGUGUGUGGGUGGCCAGAAACACCAGCGGCAGUGCUGUCUGUGAGAGGGUGCAGUUUGUAAGAGGCUUUUUUUGUUCCUCCGCCAUGGCUGGGUGCUGCAGCUUGAAGAAUGUGUGUGAAUAUGAAACUAACAAGGUUGUGCGCAUUCACAGUGUCUACUAUGGGAGCCUCAAGUGGGCCAUCCAUUCUGUCGUCUUCAUGUAUGUCUGUGUUGUCCUUAUUGCUGACAGACGCUAUCAGAGGAAGGACUCCGUCAUCAGCUCUGUGCACACAAAAGUGAAAGGGGUGUCUCAGACUGAAGCAAGGAUCUGGGACACAGUGGAGUACACUCUCCCUAUCCAGGGAAUAAAUUCAUUCUUUGUGCUAACCAAUAUCAUCAAGACGGAGAAACAAGUCCAGGGACUUUGCCCUGAGUUUCCCCUUGCCAAAGCUGUUUGCUCUACCGACAAGAGCUGUAUGAAAGGUCGUGUGGACCCUCAGAUUAAUGGAAUCCAGACCGGCAAAUGUGUGAACUACAACACUACCAUCAAAACAUGUGAGGUCGCAGCUUGGUGCCCAGUGGAGUCAAUUAAAAGGGCUCCAGAGCCUGCCAUUCUGAGAAGUGCUGAAAACUUCACUGUGCUGAUAAAAAACAACAUUCACUUCCCGAAAUUUAAUUAUACGAAAAGAAACAUUUCACCGGAUUUUAAUAUUUCCUGUACAUACAACAAGUACACUUCUCCGCAUUGUCCAAUUUUCCGGCUGGGAGAUAUUCUCCAAGCAGCAGGAGAGAACUUCUCAGAGGUGGCUGUUCAGGGUGGCAUCGUGGGCAUCGAAAUUAACUGGGAUUGCAACCUGGACAAAUGGCUUCACCGCUGUGAACCCAAAUAUGGUUUCCGGCGUCUGGAUGACAAAAAAACAAAUGAAGCCUUGUACCCUGGAAACAAUUUUAGAUUUGCAAAGUAUUACAAGCAGGCUGGUGGGAAGGAGGAGAGAACCCUGAUCAAAGCCUAUGGCAUUCGCUUCGACAUCCUCGUGUUUGGCAUGGCCGGACAGUUUGAUUUCUUUGAGCUCCUGGUAUAUAUUGGUUCCGCACUCUCCUAUUUUGGCCUGGCACAGUUUGUUGUUGAUUUUCUCAUUACUUCAUAUUCAUGCCGUUGCUUCAAGUACAACCCAGUGAAAGAAUAUUACAUCAAGAAGAAGUGUGAGUUGGUGCCGGGACCAAGAUGGACUCUACUUUAUGUGACUUUUGUUGAUGAGCCACACAUCUUUAUGAUUGACAAAUUUUUGAGGACGAGCCUACAGAAAGUUAAAGGCGAGGUUAUUCACAGGAAUACUGGUGAUUUUAUGCGUGCUGCCAAAAUCCAGCUGCAACAUCCGGAUGAAGUUGUGUCUCUUGUUGGGAACUCUGAAGAGAUGCAGCCCCUUCAGAGCCAAGGGGGACCUGCUUCUUCUUCUUCUUCUUCUUCCUCCUGUGAGCGUCCUGCCUGGUGCAGCUGUGGGAAAUGUCGUCCAGCCAAGGGCUACUGGGAGCAGCUCUGUUGCCGAAGGAAAAAUGGGGCCUGCAUCACAACUUCUGAUCUGUUUGAGCGACUUGUCCUUUCCCGGCCGUUGCUGAAGUUUGCCCUCCUCUACAAAGACCCCUUGUUGGACCUGAAUGGUGAGGCAUUCAACAGGCAGUUUCGGCACUGCGCUUACAAGCAGUACAUUCACUGGCGCUUUGGGGAGGAGGACCUGGAAGAAAGGGCUCUGAUCCCCAGCUGCUGCAGGUGGAAAAUCCGGGAUGCUUUCCCCAGCGAGAAUGGUGAAUAUGCUGGCUUUGUGAAAAAGGCCUAGCGGACCGUGGAGACUGUGGCUUUGGGGACAGAACAGAUUCAGAGGGUGAGGCAGUGCCCCCUUUUGCAA